AGGCCAGAUUUUUCCCCCUCCUUCCUUCCACACGGCAGUGAAGUGAAGUGCUGCCGGUGGCCAAUCUGCUGUUGCGCGGACUUGAUCAUAAGUUAGCCGCUCCCAUUCCUCACAUCCCUCCGCGCUCCUCAUUGUGCUCUGCUGACUCAGUGCCUUAAGCAUCAUCCGCUCUCAACGCCACUGGCACAAACCUCGACCAUUGUGGAAAUUAAUACGGAUUCAAGAAAGGACACCAUGGCCAAAACAGCUAUCGCAUACAAGGAGAAGAUGAAGGAGCUGUCCAUGCUCUCGCUUAUUUGCUCCUGCUUCAGCCAACAGACACGCAACAACCUUGUCUGUGAGUUUGAAGAUAUGGAAGUAAAACCUAUAAACAAAAGGGCCUCAGGCCAGGCCUUCGAGGUGAUUCUGAAACCACCCUCACCGGUGUCAGACGUGGCCCACAGCAUCACCUCCCCUCCAAAGAAGAGGGAUGUGUCACUGGAGGACAUCCAGAAGAAGCUGGAGGCUGCUGAGAACCGCAGGAGGUCCCAGGAAGCUCAGGUGCUCAAAGUUCUGGCUGAGAAACGUGAGCAUGAGAGGGAUGUGCUGCUCAAAGCCAUGGAGGAAAACAGCAACUUCAGCAAGAUGGCAGAGGACAAGCUCAUUCUGAAGAUGGAGCAGAACCAGGAAAACCGUGAGGCACACCGGGCAGCCAUGAUGGAACGCCUGCUUGAGAAGGAGCGACAUGCUACAAUUGUCCGCAGGAACAAGGAGCUGAGGGAAGAACUAAUAGCGUGAAGUUAUCCUCCUCCUCCUCAUCCAUACCCUUCAUCAGCCAACCUGUCAUCCUAUCCUGCUCACACACACUCACACACAACCACUGGUAAAAACCAAUCAGAACAACUAGUGUCACACUCGUAUACGGUUUGAAUGGUCUUGCUUGAUUUCAUAGAGUAUUGGGAAGACACAAGUAUUAUUUUGUAAAUACAUCUUUUUUAUCUCUCUCUCUCUCUCUCUCACACUCUCUCUCUUUCGUUCUCUCUAUCUGUCUUUCUGUCUAUCAGAUUGAAUGAUAACAAAUCAAAUGUACCAACUCUACAUGAUACAUUAUGUUAAUUUGUUCAUUAUAUUAUUUGUUAAUUUCUCAGUUGGUUUGGUUCAGGCCCGUCUGCUUUGAUCACAUGAAAGGUUUUUGAUGUUGUGAGUAAGCUGCCCGCUUACGUUUGCAGUGUUAAAUGAUGUGACGUUUGGUGUAAUUGUGAAGAAUGCAAAAAGCUUCAGUGCUCAGGCCCCAGAUUUACAUUUUAAAGCGCAAACCUACCCAGACUCAUAAAUAUAUAGUGCACUUACGUUUAUAUACAGCAUGAUCAAGACAUUUCCUGAGCAAAUAGCUUGAAAUAUGAGUACCGAAACAAAUAAAAACAUGUUAAUAGUGUUUCAUUUAUAACCGAAAUCUUCUCUGAACGUCCGUAUUUUAGUUUCAAUGGUUAAUAUCCUUAUGUAGAAUGAAAUCUCUGUCUCUCUUGAAAUGUUACGCACAUCUGCAUGUCUACAUCUGCAAACGUACUCUUUUGUUGGCUGACGUUUGGAAACACUGCACCCUUUCUGGACCCUUUGGACUAGAGUCUAGACAGCUUGACAUAGCCUGCGGUAGAAUACAAAAGAAAAGGAAAAAAUAACCAGCCAGUUCCUACCCUGUUGCUCCCUAUGAGCGAGGUUUUUCUUUUCGUUGACCUGCCCCAUUCCCUUACAUUGAUUCAGGCCUCCGGCACUCAAGGCUGAUGUUUGUCAUCUGUCUCUAGCAGGAGUAGACAUCUUCAUUAGUGCAGUGGGGUAAUUAAGGGAGUCAUAUCUCUCUGAAUGUUCUGACAUCUGGCUUUAUAAAAUAGGUAACAUCUUUACCAGCGGAAUGUAUCCUCAUAGACUCCCAACUACAGCCUUUGACGUGUGACUAUUUUCUAUUUGGUUUAUUUUGGUGUGACUGGAGUGAGUGUGUGCAGGUGUGUGUGUCCACAUUAGGUUGACCCAGCAUUUGUGUCCUUUCUCUCUGGAAGUGAAGUGAUAGGCAGAUGCAGAAUAUGCUCUGAAUGAUUAUGGUUUUAUUUGGAUUUGUUUUUCAAAUCACUGUCUCCUCUAUAAAUAUGCUUGAAGUGUCUCCGGCUGCCAAAAUGGUAUUUUCCCCCUCUCAUUUCUGUGUGUGCAAACUUUGGUGAAAAUAAAGGUUUGGGGUUCUGUGAACA